AAUCACCAAUUCAACUCAAAGAAAUACCGUGAACUUUGUCUCGUACCUAUUUUCAUUUAGUUCCUAAAUCGCACAUCACUACUCGAAUAAAAAAAUCAAGAUUAAAAAAAUAAGAAAACCUUAUGAUUAUUGAUUUAUCGGUAAUCGAUAUAUCGGUUCGAAAUAUCGAUUAAAUUACUAAUGAUUUGGGAGAAGUGAAAUGGUGAUGUGAAAUACCGUCGGAAUGAUACCGCAGAUGAAAUGAAGACUUCGAUAGAAUGUGAGCGGUCGGAAGCCGCUGAGAGCGUGGGAAAGGGACGGAUAUCGUUCAGCGUCGAUUCUUUAUUAGGGAGUAAGAGUGAGACGCCACGAGACACUCCUGACGCGAUAUCCAAUGAUGCAGAAAGUGCUGUAGAGUCUGAUGAUAGUGAUGUGGAUAUAGAGGACUUGGAAUCGAAUGUUGGUGAUGAGAGAGAUGAACGAGAUACGAAUGAUGGGGAGGAAACGGAGAGUCGGGGUGUGGUGGUGCCACAGCCGUUGUUGCCAAGGUUGUACCAAGGCCACGGUCCACCAACUUGGCCGUUUGGAGCCUUCCCCUGGAUGACUCCAAACCCUAUGUUCCGGGCUGGAUCGCCUAAUGCCGGUCCACCAACGGGUCCUCCAGUAGUCCGAUGCCAGCUCCGCAAGCACAAGCCUAAUAGAAAGCCACGAACGCCCUUCACGACGCAGCAACUCCUCGCCCUGGAGAAGAAGUUCCGGGACAAGCAAUACUUGAGCAUCGCGGAGAGAGCCGAGUUCUCGUCAUCUCUACGACUCACUGAGACACAGGUCAAAAUAUGGUUCCAGAAUCGGCGCGCAAAAGCAAAACGGUUACAAGAAGCUGAAAUCGAAAAACUUCGGUUGUCAGCAAGGCCCCUUUUGCCGCCAUCCUUUGCGCUAUUUGGCGGUGGAGGGGCCCCGCCGUUGUUCGCAGCGAUGGCUGCGGCGACAAGGCCCCAGCUGAGCUUCCUAGGAGGCCCCCCGUCCCACCAGCAUGCGAUAAACAUGAAUAUCCUCAACUCCUUACAACCACAUUGACGUCAGGAUCACGCUUUGACGCGUGACAACCAACCGCCAUUUUCCUAACAUGGCGGACAGAACUGUCAUUUUGACAUUUAAAAUCGGAUACAUGAACUAGUAAAAGUGAUUUUAAUAUAAUAUUCGGAUACUCAGACUAUGUAAUAUAAAAGUGAUUUUAAAUAAGUUUUAAAUUAAUUGGAUACAUGAACUAGCA